CAAAGAGCUCAAAAAGCAAUACGCUUAAUUGAGCUUCAGUCGGAUGAAGCGAACAACUCCAUAUGCUGUCAGAUUCAGCACCAUACUUUGGCUUAUGGUCCUGUCUAUGAUGCGGUAUCGUAUGCAUGGGCCACCGAAGAUGGAGACGAUAGUCAGUCACAACAGAUAACUAUCCUCGGAAGUGGAGUCAUGCGCGUGACUAUGAACUGCGAGGCGGCUCUUCUACGAUCGGGGCACGCAAGUGAGCCUCACAAACUCUGGAUCGACUCUAUAUGUACCAAUCAGACCAACGUUGAGGAACUGAAUCAUCAAGUUGGCUUGACGGAUCUCAUCUACCGGAACACAAUACAUGUCCAUGUCUAUAUUCAUCACCCAACGGGCACCUAUUCUGAUGAUUUGACGUGGUAA